AUGACUCAGGAUGCUGAUGAUGAAACUUUUCAAACGACUUUCGCUGCUGAUGAUCAAGUGGCUCAUGUAAUGUCUCAAGCUACUGCUAAUGAAAUUUUACAAGCUAUGCCCGAGAAUGAAAAUUUGAAUCGUUCCAAUGACAUGGUAAACAUGGAUAAAGAAUGGUUAUUUCAGUGCCGUCAGGAGUACAAAGAGUAUUAUGAUGUGGAACAGCAUGAGCAUGUACGUACGUGUCCUGAACCUGUGCAACAGCAAGUGAUUUUGUCACCUGAACCACCUCAGCAAGAGUUUGUGCGUGUGCAACCACCUGAACCACCUCAGCAAAAGUUCGUGCGUUUGCAACUACCUGAACCCCCUCAGCAAGAGUUUGUGUUUGUACAACCACCUGAGCCCCCUCAACAACAACAUGUGUUUAUACCAUCUCAACCUGUGCAAGAGCAAGUGUUUUUUCAACCGGAGCCACCACAGCAGAGUUUGUGUUUUUGCAACGUGAAGUAUGCAUGUGUGCAGCAAGUAUAUGUGUUUGUUCAACCACCUGAGCAAAAGCAGCCUCGAUUGCAAAUGCCAGAGGUUGUUUUUCCGAGUUAA